AGAAGGACGCGGCAGGAGUGGAGGACAGACUGACCAGGCCCCUGCUGGGAAAUGCUGGGUCACUUCAAGUGCCCUGGAGUUUGACCCCACUCAGCUGAUGGGUGGUGGCCGGUGGCUUCCCAGGCCGAACCCUCCUGCCUUCUUGCAGCCUCCUAUUGUGUUCUCUUCAUGACUCAGGCAGGAGUGACGGAUAUCAGGGACAGGGGAUUUGUGUGGCCUGAGGCAGAGGCCUCUGUGGACAGGCUGCAGACAGCAGCGGGAUGCCCUCUGUGCCUUCCCGUGAGGAGCCCACCCGUGCAGCCUGCAAGGGAACCCUGGAGGAUGCAGUAAUCUGCACCCGAGGAUACAUCUUCUGCAGGUUGCGCCUCCCCCCACCCACCCGGAUGGGGGCCCGGCCCUCCUGCCAGGUGCUGCCUUGUGUACUCUGCAAGGAGAAGGAGCCCACCCAGCCUCUCAUGGUCCCUGUGCCCCUGGGCCCUCUGGGGGAGACUUGCUGUGAGGAGCACGGUGAGAAGAUUUACUUCUUCUGUGAGAUCGAUGCUGAGUUGCUCUGUGUGGUCUGUCGGGAGAGUCCCUCCCACUGCACCCACCCUGCGGCCGUCCUCGACGGGGCCGUUCAGCCCUACCGGGACCAUCUCCGGAGCCAGUCGAAAGCUCUGCUCCUGGAGAAGAGCGAGAUGGAGGCCACAUGGCAGCGGGAAGACAGGAAGCUCCAAGAGCUUCUGACUCACAUUGAAAGCAAGAAGCAGCAGGUGGACGCGGUGUUUGGGAAGCUUCAGCGGGAGGUGGCAGACCAGCACGGUCUCCUGCAGGCCAGGCUAUGCGAGCUGGAGCUGCAGACUUGCAUGGAGAGGGACCAGUACAACUCCAAGUUCUCCGAGGAGAUCACCAGGCUCGGAGCCCAGGCCCAGGAGCUGGAGGAGCAGAGUCAGCAGCCAGCCAGCGUCCUACUGCAAGAUGUCAGAGCCGACCAGAGCAGGUAUGAGACAAGGACUUUUGUGAAUCCAGAGACAAUUUCUCCAGACCUUGUCAAGAAGAUCCGAGAUCUCCACAGGAAAACACUCUCCCUCCCAGAGAUGCUGAGGACCUUCUCAGAAAACCUGGCACAUCAUCUGGAAACAGACUCAGGGCCCGUCCCGCCGGACCCGCGCGCCCUCAGCCGGAGCCUGGCCCUCCCCGAGGACAGGAAUCCAGCGACGUUCACCCGGGACAAGCAGGACCUGACGCACAGCACCCUGCGCUCCGGUGUCCCGGCGGCGCUGGGCACCCCCCGGCUGUCUCUCAAAGCGCCACCGCAGAUAUUAAGGAUCUGAAUCAACAGCCAGAUGAAGAGAUACAUAAGGGACGUGGUGAGCGAAGGGACUUCUGUCUUCGUGAAGCUUGAAGACCAGUGUGGCAGCGUGGGGGAAGCAUUC